GGACGAAAUUGAGGUCAUGCGGAAGUGGGAUCUAACAACAAAGUCUUACUAUGUAACAUUAUUUAUAGACGUUGUUCAUGACUCAGUUUAACAAAUAAAUAAAAAGGAUUUGAAAUGAUUUAGAAUCUAAACUAGAUCUAAUUUCACGUUCGCUAAAAGCUUAAGAUGAGGACGGAUCAAAAGUUAUUCUGUUUGAAAACUACUUUAACUAUUUUUUUGUGCAUUUUAUGGCUGAUAGGAGCAGCAAUCUUUGGUGUCUUACUCUGGCUGCGGUUGGACUUCUGGACCAAUGAGUACUUGGAGCUGGACAAGAAUGAAAGUCUGAAACGUUAUCUGAUUCUUCUCUAUCUGACCUUGGCUGCUGGGGCUGUUAUUGUGGCCUUCUCUAUAUUUGGUUUGAUCGGGGGAUGUUUGAAAAAAAAAUGGCUGCUCGUUGUGUACUUGAUAGCACUGGUGGCUGCUAUGGGUUUGACGAUUUCAGCUUUUACUUAUGGAGCUAUUUAUAGAGAUGAACUGGAAAGAUCUUUGGUGAAAGACGAAUUGUUGAAGACUUUGAUAACUACAAAGUACACUGGAAUACAGACUGAUAGAAUCAACAGAGCUGUCAACAUCAUGCAGUCUGAGCUGGAAUGCUGUGGUGCUAAUGACCCAGUAGAUUAUAAGCAAUCUGUAUGGUGUAAUGUGCAGCAGUCAUCUGACCAAGGCUGUAGUAGGCCAUACAAAGUGCCAGGCAGCUGCUGCAAGAACUACCUGAGACUGCAGCAAGCCAGUUGUCCCUUGUACAUAUCUCAGUCAGAAAGUAAUGAUCCAACAAGUGGACAAAAAUCAGAAGAUAUAUGGCCAACUGGCUGUCAGAUUAAACUACAAGAAUUCUUUGAUCGCUAUAUCAUCGUAGUCAUCAGUAUUACAGUGGUUUAUUUUGUCUUACAGCUGAUCUGUACUGCUAUUGCUUCAUUCCUGGUUCAUAUGCUCAAUACACUGUACGUCCCACAGCCAGAUGAUAUUGUCUACGAUAUGGCACAUAUGCAAGAGAAAUCACCAUAUCCGUCACGGGGAGACUACAGGGAUUAUUAUAACUAAGGAAUAAAAUUAUAGAAUUAAACCUACCCUAAUUUGAAGAUGACAAUAUUUAAGUAUAAUUCAAAUACAAACUAUAUAGUAUUUUCAAUGUACAAUUAUUAUUAUUAUUUUUUUUUCAAAAGAAAAUGUCUGUCUAAAUUAAGAGAUUCUUUCCUUGCGUUUGUUUUACAUGGCCAGUUUGCACAGAGAAAUUGAAAUGAGGAAAGUUUACCUAUGAUAAAGAAUUUGGAUUUGCAAUUCGUUAUUCUAGUUUAGUUUAGAAGCCAUUCAGUCAGUGUCAUGAGUUGUACAAUUAAAUAUAUUCUAAUACAAGGCAGCUUGUUCAGAGCCACUCUUCAUUUGUCUUCUCGACAUUAAUAGAUCUGAUCAUCUUUUAGUUUAAAGAUUUGGUAUUCAACGAAGAGUGUUUUGAUUUAGGUUUAAUCAUUCGACUUUCUUCACCAUCUCUGACUGUGCGAUUCUUUUUCAUUCUUCUUGCUUGCUUCUCAAUGUCCAUAUUCUUUCAGCUUUCUGUGUAUCUUUGAAACCACUUUAUUCAGUGCAAUAUUGACAGGUUGGUCAAUCCUCAUUAAACAACUGUGGUCAUUUUCUAAAUGAAUUUAAUUGAAAUGCAUUUGUAUAUACACUUUUAAUUUUCUAAUUACCUUUUUUUUCCUGUUUAAGAGUUAAAUGUAAAUACAUUGUAAAUGUAUUAAUUGUUUCCUUUUUAUUCUGGUUUGUAUUUUUUAUAAGACUUGAUGCUAACAUAUUGUUUCAAUUAAAAGACAAAUCUUAAUGUAAGUUAAUCUGACUAGUGGAUUGCCAUUUGAAAUCUCAUUCUCAUUAGUGUAAAGCCAUCUUGCCUUUUUCAUGGAGUCUCCGAAAACAUGCUGACAGUAUGCCAUACAAAAGUCAUCUGAUGUCCUUAUUCCACACUUAAGUCAUAUGAUGUCAGUGUGUCAUACAGAGGUCAUGUGAUAUCAGUAUGCCAUACAGAAGCCAUGUGAUGUUAGUAUGCCACACAAAAGUUAUAUGAUGUCAAUAUGUCAUUCAGAAGUCAUCCAAUGUCAUUAUGCUAUGUUACAUUGUCUGUUAGCAUUUUUUUUUUACAUUUAGGUAAUCUUUUAUCAAUAUCACAUUUAGAUCAUCUGUCAGUAGUGUAUGCCAUUUAUAGGUCAUCUGUCAGGUCAGCAGUGUAAGCCAUUUAUAGGUUGUCUGUCAGCAGUUUAUGCCAUUUAUAGGUCAUCUGUCAGCAGCGUAUGACAAUUAUAGAUCAUCUUCAGCAGCGUAUGUCAUUUAUAGGUCAUCUGUCAGCAGAGUAUGCCAAUUAUAGGUCAUUUGUCAGCAGCGUAUGCCAUUUAUAUGUGCGUAUGCCAUUUAUAGGUCAUCUGUCUGCAGUAUUAUUUGCUGCACAUAAAUUCUGGAAGCACAACAUCAACUCAUUCUUUGCAUUUUGAUUUCAUGUCCUCCAGCUCAAUUAAACACCUGUACAGAUAUUCUUGAACACCUGAACUGAUAUUCUUGAAUACCUGUACAGAUAUUCUUGAACACCUGUACAGUUAUUCUUGAACACCUGUACAGUUAUUCUUGAACUCAUGUACAGAUAUUCUUGAACACCUGAACUGAUAUUCUUGAAUACCUGUACUGAUAUUCUUGAACAUCUGUACUGAUAUUCAGACUAACAGCCAUUUUUUCCCCCACCAAGAUGUUCUCUCAGUUUUAAAAACAAAAAAAAUUAUAUUUGAAAUUGAUGUGAAAAUUGUAUUUUUUGUAAUAUUUCGUUUAUAAAAAGGUUGUACUUUGUAUUUAGUUUUCAACAUUUAUAGAUUCAACUGUUGAACUGUGAGAUUUUUUUAGACUGGAUUAGAUAAAGUCUAUGUUUUUUGAUACACUUAGUUUAAUAAUGUAUUUUUAGAACAAGUUUUUUGAGCCAAUUACUUUAAUUUUGUAGACAGUUCUUUUUAGUUUGUUUAUUAUGUCUUUAUACAACCUCUGCAAUGUAGCACUAAAGUCGCUGUGUAAUCUUGACAAGGCUAAGUCAGGCCCCUGUAGUAGAGAUUGAAAUGCAUGAGAUUUCAAGUUUGUAUAUUAAUUUGUUCUUUUUGAACAACUAUGUGAGAUUUCAAUCAAGAAAUAACCCAAUAUAUUCAAAUAUAUAUUAAUGAGUAUGUUUUUGACAAUCUUAUGUCAUGGAAACACAGUAGAAGAUCAAUUUGUGCUAUACAACAUUCGUGGAAUGAAAUAUGAACUGCCAUAUCAGGUAUAACAGUGACCUUUACUUUGUGUCAACGACCAUUAGUUUAUUUGAGCUGCACAUCUCAAUUUAUCCUUUUUACUAAAUUAUUCAAAAGAUAAUAGAUGCAUCAAGAUAAAUUAUCGAUGCUAGUUUCUUCUUGAAUCAGGAUAGAAUCUGCUGUGACUAGACGAGCCAAUUCUGGAGUGCUAAAUCUGCCACAGUUUGUGCAUAAAAAUCCAUCUAUUUUAUGGCUCUCAGAGCAGUAUUUUUUCCUCAUUCUCAAAAUAAUGACAGUAUCUUUCUACCAUCAUAACGUCAUCAAAUUUUUUUGUAUUGUGGGAAGCGUGGUCGAGAGGCUAAGUGCGCUUGAACUUGGCUUGGCUACCUAGAAGGGGGCUCUAGGUUCGACACCCGACUCGGGCAAAGUUGUGUUUACUGAGCGCCUAAAGGCAGCACGGAAAACCAACUCCUAGAUACCCCCCCCCCCCCCCCCCCCCCCCCACUGGUCCACAAAUGAGAUUGGACCAAAAGCGCUCUGAGCAUGCUAUAAGCAUGAAAGUAGUGCUAUAAAAAAAAAAAACUAUAAUAAAAAAAAAACUAUAAAAAACUAUUGUUAUUUUUUUCUCCCCCUAGAUUGCAGAAAUGUUUUAAAAUUUUUUAGCCUUCAUGUUAACACUAUUAAUGGCUGCUGGUUGUGUGGUUUAUGAUUCAGUCUGUCUUCAUGAAGGUCCUUAGUUCGAAAACUGGCCCCUGUCAUCCCUCCUGUCCUGCCUGCAUUAGGUUUGGGGUAGGAUAGAAAUAUCCUUAUUUCUGAAGGAUGUCUAAAAAAAACCCAAAUACAUCCUUGCGAUUGUCUAAAUAAUUAGGACUAAUAGUAAAAUUUAAAUUUCAACUGCUAUAAUAAAAUCUUCAAACGUAUCGUCACUGUAUCUUUGACACAGAUAAAAAAAAAUUUAAAUGUAUUUGAAAUUUGGAUUUUAACCAGUGAUGGAAAAGAAAAUUAAUAAUUGACAAUCUGUCUUUUGUCACCCACUCCUGUAUAUAUUUUGUUUAAAAAUUUUAGACUGUAACUUGAUAAGAAUGAAAGACAAUACAAUAAAUUGAUGUGCUACUGUUUCAUGUUUUCUGGGGAAAUGUAAAUGAUCAUUUUGUGUUUUUUUUUUUAUAUACAAAUCAAAAGGGAAUAUUGUCUCAGUGUUCUAUGUCCAUCUUCUUAGUCUCUCGCUGUGUCUUGAUUCUUCCUGCUCUACCACAGUACCUGUUGAUUAUUGUGUGUCAACAAGCUGCUAAAAUAUCUAUGAGAAUGUACAUUCAAAAUAAACCUAUUUUAACAAUGUUUUCAAAAUGCUUUUUUUACCAGAUCGUUUCAAAGAAUAUUUGAAUUUUUUAUAUAAACUGAAAGAUCAAUGUUAUGUACUCAAAGAUUUGUUCAGAUAUUUUAAUUUAUGGUUUGACUUGCUUCAUGGAGUUUCAUCUAAGCAUUAGUUAAAGUGUGUACAUCUGUUGCUACGGAUACCAGGAGUAGUCUGUGGCACUAGUUAUUGUGAGCUUUACUUUUUUUGUUUUAUUUCGUUUUGUUGCCAUUCCAAGUUUUUCACUUCUUUUAUUUCUUUGAACAUUUGCUUAUAUGAGGAAUAGGAUAAUAGAUUUCUUCUUGCUGUAGUCCUUAUCAAAUAAUGGGAUGGAUUAUUUCAAAGUGAAGCCAACAGUGGCACAGCUAGUUUGGCAUCUCAUCAGGGCCGGAAUUAAGUAUUUGCUGGUCCUGGUGCAGAUUUUUUGUGGGGGUCCCUACACUUUAUUGAAAGCUUUAAUAAAAAUCCACUUUUUAACACUUAUCAAUAAACAUACUGAUAUUUAAUAACAAGCCAUAUACUAAGAGAAAGAAAUAAGACUGCUUGUAAAUUUGAUCUAAUUUUACUACUUUAAAAAAAAAGUUAUAAUUAUUUAAUAUGCAAUUUUUUGUGAAUUUAAAAAAAAAAUUUUUGUAUGUUUUGGAGUUUGUGCAGAGUAAGACCAUAUGUGAAUUUUUAAGUCUCUUUUGUGGAAGCCCUUGGGCUGUUACCAGACCUUAAAUAUGGCCCCUGCAUCUCAUCAGUUGACGUCAUUGAGAUCCUUAUGAUUUUUAUUCAGUUUGUGUUUUCUCUGUAGCAAUGCACUGAAUGUCAAGGAUGCUAAAUUGAUUUUCAAUCUUGCCAACUAAAAAAUACCUACAAUCAGAAGGGCUUCGACAAUUCGAACCUGCAGUGCUGAAUAGUGCACAUACAUUUUUAUAUGCCUUUAAAAAAAAAAAACACAUUUGUCAUCAUUUUCUUUAUUCUGUACAUAGGAUACACCACACCAAAAAAAAAAGAGCUAACAUCUCUAAUAACAGGAGAAUGCAUGCUUUUGAAUAAUUAUUUUGAACUGCUUUUAGUUGGCAGUACAUUCAUGUAUCUUGCUCUAGGUUUAUUUUUUAUUGUGUUUUUAUUUUUUUAUUAUGCUUUCAUUGUGAGGCUUCUCAUUCUUUGAGUCGCAUGAUGCCCUAAGUCAUGUGACUUGCUGAUCACAUGGUGUCUGAGGUCAUGUGACUUGUUGAUCACACGAUGUCCAGACUCUGUGGCUUGCUGAUCACUUGGUGCUGUCGAGGUCACUGAAUUCUUAGUCCUACGUUGCCAUCUGAAGUUGUAUGUACAGCCGUUUAAAACCACAAUUUGACUCUUAUGUUAUUGUCAACUAUUAAUGCUGUAGUUUUUUUUUUUUUUUUUGGUGAACAUCUAUUUUUGUAAUACCUAGGUGUACAGCACUAUAUAUAUAUAUACAUUCAUAAUUGUUGUAUAGGUCAGUGUGGUUUAGCAUCUGUAGACACCACAAAGUGGGACAAAAUUAAAACCCAAGUUCUACCCAACAGCUCAUGAACUACAAGUACGACUGAACUGAACCCCCCCAUACUGGGGUCAUUUAGUUGUCUGCUCACUACGUCUGAAUGUUUUCAUUGACUCAUCUAUGUCACGUGACCAUUGGUUCAUUAAACUUUGUGAAUAUUGUCA